AUGGAAAAUUGUACUACCAGAGACUACACUGGGUUCGGUUAUGGGGCAUCAGAAUAUCUUAUGGAAAAGGAAUUUAUAGAAGCUCGAAAACAAAUUUCAUCUUUCACUGCUUCCUUAAAGACAAAGAAAAAUAAAAAAGAAUUUAGAGAUGAAUGCUUAAAAUUGAUUGAUUUUCUAAUUACAAUAAAGGAUAAACCUCCACGAUUACUAAUCCUAAACAUUGGGUACCAGUACUUAGGAAUUAUUUUGGAAAUAAAUUUGACAAGCUUACUCAAUAUGGUGGUUAAAUUCAAAAAAAGUGGUAAUACAUAUGAUUGUAAUAAUGAUACUCAGUGUAUACAAGAUUGUACAGAAUAUGAGAAGUGGUUUAUAAAUGUAACUAGUGAAGCUCCAGCUAAAGAAAAUGAAUUAAGCGCACCCAAAUUAGAUGAACGUGAAGCUGAAGAUGAGAAUAUAUCUCAAGAUCAAAGUCUAUUACAAGAGGAGCAUCCACAUGACGGCGCACCUAAUAGUCCAUCUGAAAGCCAAUCAAGCAGUUUUCCUGAAGAUACACCUUCAGGUCCACCUCAACUUCAAACAGCAUCCGAAGGCAACUCUGAGACAAGUUUAACUAACUUAAGAGCAGAUAUACAAUCUGAACAUUCUGAAAUAGCUACAGAUCUUACAAAUUUGGCGCCUGCACAGGAAAAAAUACGCACUUCUACAGUACAGCCUCCAACUGUUCAAGAAACAAACACAGAAAGUAUUACUGAACCUGUUCCUGUAUCCACUGAAUCACUAUAUCCUAAAGCCCCUCCUCGUAGUACUGCAGAGCAUAAAAUUUAUGGUAACAUUAAUUAUAUUUACUUUCAUAUUUUUGUAAUAACUAAACAAAUUUAUGUAUGUAUAUAUAAAUUUAAUUCAGUUCCAGUAGAAAAUUCACAUAACCCAUAUUACGCUCUAAUGGGGAAGUUUAAAAAGAAGAAAAAUAUAAGAAGAAAAGUUAAAUUCCUCAGAAUACUACUACCUUCGCAUUCUGUUAAAAAAGACAUAUUUUUAUCAGAUGAUAAUUUGGAUCAGACAAUACAUGAUGAUGAAGAAAUCAUAAAAAAAUUAAAAAUACAUGAACAUAACACUAUAAAUAAUACAAAUAUGCUAAAGAGAAAAAAGGACAGAUCCAAAACUAUUAUAGAAGUACAUAUGGAAGUACUUGAGGAAUUCAGAAAUGAAGAAUGGGAAUUUAAAAAAGGUGAAUUUUUAGCAAUAUGUCUAGAAGCAUACAAAUAUGAAAAACAUAGAUCCUAUCCUAAUUUAAUAAAUGGUGAUCAAAUGGAAAAUAUUAAAUAUAGCAAUGAUAUUGAAGAAAAAAAAAUUAUAUGGAAUAAAUGGAUAGAAAAGCAUAGAAAUCUUUCUGAAAAAUUGAAAAAAGAAGAUUGGUUUAAUAAUUUGAAAAAUGAAUGGAAAAAAGAAAAAGCUAAGUUAAAAGAAAUAGAAAAAUUAAAAUAUAUAUCUUCAAAAGAAAAUCAAAAAUGUUCACAUUUAGAAAGAGAAAAAGAUGCAUGGAGAGAGUGGAUAUCAAACAAUGGUAAAAUUGUAGAACAAAAUAUGGAACAGGACUGGUUUAAGGGAUUAACAGAUGAAUUUAAUAAUAUAUUGGGUGAAUAUGAAAAUGAAGAAACUAAAAAUAGUGUAUCACUAAUAAAUAUAGAAGAAAUGGAACAUAACAAAAGUUGCGAAGAAUUAUAUAAGUUUAUUAAAAAAAAAUUAUUAUCAAAAGUGUGUAUACUUGCAUUUAUGACAGUAUUAGACGAAUGCAAAAAAGAGAAAAAUGUAGAAAAUAAGGAAUCAUAUUUAGACAGUUCAAUAAAUGAAUGUAAUUCAGAUAAAAAUUCAGAUAGGCAAUAUCACAUUAUAGAAAAUGGUGUUGAAAAGGAAAAAAAGGUUUUGGAAAAUAGUGAAAAUACUGAAACUUUUGAUUAUAAGGAAGAAAAUAAUUUUACAGAUGAAAUAAAGGAUUGGAUAGGAGAUGAUGAUACAUAUGUAAAUUCUAUAUAA